CCAUCAAUGAUUGAAACACACACACACACAUGCACGCAUAACCACACACUAGCUGAAUUUACAGCGGAAGUCUUAGUCUCAGUUGUCUUCCCUCCCAUCAGAGGACAACUGCACCUUUCAGUGUGGCAGAAACCUGAAGAUGUCUGUUAAACCGGACCAUAGCGAGGAUGAGGAGGGGAAUCAUGGGCCGGAGGUCACGGUUGUGGAGACUAACCGCUUUGGCUUCAUUCUAGGAAAUGGAGAAACUGACAGUGAUGGUCCGUGUCCUGAGUUAGUGAGACAUCGAGAGUCCAAAUGGCUCAGCCUCAUGACUCAAUGGGAGCAAGUCAUGGAGAAAAAGAGCAACAAGGUCAAAGGUCAAUGUCAAAAGGGCAUCCCAGCAUCCGUCAGGGCAAAGGGCUGGCCGCUGCUCUGUGGAGCUAAGGAUAGAAAAGACAAAAACCAAGAACUCUACAAGAAUCUAGUUAAAGCUCCAGACCAUCAAGGAUGGACCGAUGUCAUCAAAAGAGACACAGACAGACAAUUUCCCUUCCAUGAGAUGUUCCAGUCCAAAGACGGCCAUGGUCAGAAGGACUUGCUGGAGGUCCUGAAAGCGUACACUCAGUAUCGUCCAGACGAGGGCUACUGUCAGGCACAGGGUCCGGUGGCCGCUGUCCUUCUGAUGAACAUGCCUGCUGAGGAGGCGUUCUGGUGUCUGGUGCAGAUUAGUGAGCUCUACCUCCCUGGAUACUACAGCCCUCUGCUGGAAGGUGUUUUAUUCGACGCUGCUGUUCUCUUAAGUGUGUUAAAGAAACUGUGUCCAGCUGCACACAAACACCUACAGAGUCAGGGGGUGGAGCCUCUCAUGUUUGCCACUGAUUGGCUGAUGUGCCUGUACAGCCGCCAUCUUCCUUUCAACACCUUGCUCAGAGUCUGGGAUCUCUUUUUCUGUUAUGGUGUGCGUGUUUUGUUUCAGGUUGCUGUGGUGCUGGUGCGCCGAUGUCUGGGAGAUGGACGACAGCGAAAAGAGUGUGAUGGCCAGAUGGAAACCCUGGAGCGACUGCGAGGUGUUAAAGAGCGUGUCCAAAAUGAGCAGGCUGAUGCCUUUAUCCAUGAGGUAUGUUCAGUGUCCCUGUCCCUGUCGGACCUGCAAAAACAAACUGAGAAAGAGCUGGAGAAAUGGAAGAUAGAGAGACCGAACUCGACCUUUGACCCACGAGGGCGCUGUCACGGAUACCGAAUGGUAUGGGAGAGAGCGCAGGAAAAACAAAAGGACCACGAAAAGAAGGAGCGACAGAAGGGGAGCCUGAUUAUUCCUCUAAUGCGCUCACAUUCUUCACUUUCUCCUUCGGGUCUGCGCAAGAAAUGGAGGAAGAGGAGCAGUAAGACUGACACAGAGGAGUGGGAUGGAGGAGGAAGAAAAUUCUCACAAAGUCUGAUAGAGGAGAGCGACGAUGAGGAGAUGAGGAGGAGGAGUGUGUGUGGUAUUGUUGGUGAGCAAAGGGACAAACGGGACAGGCUUGCAGAUGAGCUCUGUACACACAAACACAAAGAUCACAACACACAUCCAAACAUCUCAGUGGUGGUGUCCUCUAGUAUUGACUCUGAUGUUUUUGAGAAAGAGCAUACAGAAGCAUCUUUAAACCAACAGAAAGAUAAUUCAGCAACAUGUGUGGUUGAGGAGACACACCAUAAUGAACAGGACACAAAUCAAGAUGAACUGAGUACAGACACGCAAGGACAUCAGGAUGAACAGAGUAUAGAAAAAGACAAAAGUCAAGAUGAAACGAACACAGAAGCACCAACAAAUCAAAACGAACAGAACACAGAUAAACAGACGUGUCAAGAUGAACAGACUGUGGAAGAGAGGACUUCAGAGCCAGAAGAAAGCACACCCAUUGAAACAUCACAGGAAGAAGAUACACAGACUGUUUUCAGUAAACAGGAAGAGGAAAUACAGCCAGAUAGCAACAUCCAGGAAGAUGAAAUUCAAUCAGAACACUGUGAACAACAAAAAGAAACAGAAGAUAAGUUGCCAAUUGUCAUAAUAACUGAAGACAACUUGCAAAAUGAGGAAAAAAUCUUAGAGAAAGAGGUACAGAUACAUGUUGUCCAGGAGGAAGAGAGGUCUCAAACAUCUAGCGAUCAACAUGAACAUUCAGAAAGGCAGAAAAAAGAGGAUUUGAACAUACACAUAGCUACAGAGGAAGAUGAAGAGACCCAGCUUACUGGUGAAAAACAUGAUGUAGACAAGGAGGAAGGUUUACAGCAAGAAGAGAUUAAUGUUCUCCCUGAAGAGACAAAAGAAACCAAAGAGAUAACAGACCCUUCAAAGAUGUAUGAGGAGAAAGAUGACAAGAGAUUGGAGGAAGAAAGACAAGAUAUAAACUUAGAAGAGAGAGACAAUAACCCAUUGCAAACAUCUGAAUCAUUUUCCCUACAAACUGAACAAGAGAGUGAAACUGAGUAUCCAGAGAGAUCAGCAGAUCCCGUACAGCAAUCCCAAUCAAGCGAGUCGGAGCACAAUGACAUGAAUGCUACAGUUACAUCCGAAGAGUUAGUGCACUGUUCAAUUGAUUCCACUGUGAUGGAUACAGUAGGAUCUGGCAACCCAGAGCAGAGUGAAGUGGAUGCUGCUGAUGACACAAACACCCUUGAACCAGAUGUAACAGUUGCAUCUAGACACUCUGAAAACAGUGACAUGGAUGCUGCCACUGUUGCCACAUCUGGUAACAAAGAAAUCAGUGAAAACAAUCCUGAAAAAAGUGAAGAAAAUAAAUCACCAGUCAAUACAACUGAAGAAUCAAGCAACCUCACACACAAUGCAGAGGAUGAUACUAUCCUCUCAGAAAGCAAUGAAAUGCAUGUUUCUCUUGGAUCUGGCAAUUCCGAAGGCAACACAAUAGAUUUUACCACUGAGCACGGCAAACCAGAAAGCAAUGGUGUGGAAAUUGCUGUUGAAUCUGACAAGGUGCCUGUUAUAAGUGAAUCUGGCAACCCCGAGGGCAAUGUAGAGGAUUCUGCUGUUGGCAACCCUGAAAGCAAUGAUGUGCUUUCAACUAGAUCUGGCAACCCUGAAAGUAACGUGACAGAUGUUACCACUGAAUCCGAAAAAACAGAAAGCAAUGAGGUCGAAAUUGUUGAUGGAUCUGGCAAUUCAGAGAGCAAUAUAUUAGGUUCUGCUGUUGAAAACCCAGAAAGCAAUAAAGUGCUUGUAACAACUGGAUCUGACAAUCCAGAGGGCAACACGGUGGAUUCGGCUGUUGGAUCUGGCAACCUAGAAUGCAGUGAUGUGCUUGUUACGACUGAAUCUGGCAAUCCAGAGAGUAAUACAGUAGUCUCGGAUGUUGGAUCUGGAAACCCAGAAAGCAGUGAUGUGCAAGUUACAACUAAAUCUGGCAUCUCAGAAAGUAAUACAGAGGAUUCAGCUGUAGGAUCUGACAACCCAGAUUACAAAGAAGUGCAUGUCGUAACUGAAUCUGACCACCCAGAGACCAAAAGAGAUCAUGUGACUGCUGGAUCUGGCAACCCUGAGUGUACUACAGAGGAUUGUGCUGCUGGAUCUGGCAACCCUCAUAACAGUGAAUGUGCAAUACCGGGAAACAGCCAGGGGUUAGAUUCUCCUCCUUUAAUUCCAUCUUCAAAAUCCCCAAACCCAAAUGUCCCGCCAGCUCAGCUCCGAUUGCGAAGGACUUCCAGCUCACGGGUUUCCUAUCCCACAAUCCUCUCUGAGGACACCUUCAGAGAACCACAGCAGCAAGAACACAUGCAUUCAGAAAAGACGACACACACACUUACACAAGACACACAUGCUCAGCCAAACUCACCGACGAAGUCAGACAUUCCAAAACGUCGGGGUCUGUUCCGCCUUCUCCGUGGGGAGACCAAAACCCCCGUUCCCAAAAUCCUCAUCCAGGACUUUAGUGAAAAAGAGGAGAAGCUGACUGCGAAAGAGAGGAGGAGAAGGAAGAGAGAGAAAGAGCGAAAAGAAAGGGAAGAGAAAGACAGAAAGAAACGAGAGAAGGAAAUGGAAAAGGACAAAGAAAAAGAGAGGAAAAAGCCUCAAACAAGAGGGAAGAGUUUCCAGGUGCUCAGCAAGAAGGAGGCUGAUAAUGUUGUGUCCCCCGGGAACAGUGACUCUCAGACAUCUCGCUCCAGGAGAAACUCUGCCCCUUUUUCUGACAAUUACUUUUAAAUAAUCAGAGACUCGAUCAAAUAUUUGUAUUUCACAGUGGGAGUGAGAUGUUUAAUGUGAGUUGUGCAAUGAUUUGAUGUAGCUUGUUAUAUUCACUGCUUUAUCUCUUGGUUUAAAACCAUUAUUAUUUUGAUAGAAAAAUAAAAUCAGGAGGAGGCAUGUGUGCGUAAAUGUA